GCAGUAGAAGUCAUAGCUAACAAGAUGGAGACCGCUAGCAAAGCUGGACAUCUCAUGAGCCUAGCAGCUCUUCAACAACAGGAUCCGUACAUUAAUAAACUCCUCGAUGUUACGGGGCAGGUAGCACUCUACACAUUUAACUCCAAAACAAACGAAUGGGAGAAAACCGACAUUGAAGGCACCUUAUUUGUUUAUGCCAGGUCUGCCUCCCCUCACCAUGGCUUCACCAUUAUGAACCGUCUGAGCACGGACAACUUGGUAGAACCCAUCAACAAAGACCUGGAGUUCCAGCUCCAGGACCCCUUUCUGCUUUACAGGAACGCCAACUUAGGCAUUUACAGCAUCUGGUUCUACGAUAAGAAGGACUGCCAGCGCAUCGCUCAACUUAUGGUGACGAUUGUGAAACAGGAAGCAGUUCAAGCCCAGAGGACGUCACCAGAGAGGGCGGGGCCUGGGAGGACCAAUGGCUGCUCGGGGCCCCGUCCGAUUGACAUCAUGGAGCUCCUCAGCAAGGCCAAGGAGGAGUACCACAGGACCCAGACAGGAGACGGGGACAUGUCCCUUGCUACUGAGCUGACUGGAACCAGCGCCCCCCUCAGAGCUGCUCCGGAUCCUACUGAGCAUGCUCACGCCCCCCCCCAGCCAGAGAAGAGCUCCCAGUCAGGUCUGAAGCAGAUCACAGUGGAGGAGCUCUUCCGAACGUCUCAGCCCAAGGAGAGCGUUCUGCCUGUGCUGCCCACCUCCGACCCUGCCCUCCCUGCUAGCUACCUCCAGACUCACAGCUACCCCCCACCCGCACCCUUCCAGCCCCUCCUACGCCCCCACCUCACCUCCCACCCAGGGGCACACCCCCGUCCCCUGGCCCCAGGCCUGCUCCCCUACACCUCCCUCCACCCAGGUCCCGGCUUCCGAGGCGGUCUUCCAGGGGAGCAGCAGCCUCGCGCGUCCGUGUCCCCGCUCCUGGUGGCCUCACCUGGGGCUGAAGCCCGGCCGGCUCCCCCACCCUCUGCUAUACCCUCCUCCUCCUACCUGGGGCACGAGCUGCUGAGCACACUCAAACCCCCUGGGUCCUCGGACCUCCACAAACCCACCCUGGCCCCCAACUUCCUGCCCAGCCCGCUGGCCACGCCCCAGAGCUUCAGGGAGCCAAUCAGCAAGCCUGGUCACUCUGCCCUCAAUAGCAUGGCAAGCCCAGGCCCAAUCCAGCAGCAGGUGAAGGAGGGGGAGGCGUUCUCCCAGGCCAGCCUGGUCAAACCCCUUACCGCGGGGCUAGCAUUACCAGGGGCGGGGCCUGUCGUCUCCGGGGCGGAGCUCUCCGUGUUGAUGUCGCCCAGCGCCUUCCAGCAUUCCGUUGCCAAGGCAGCGGAGCGGCCGAGGAGCGGCGCCCCUCCCUCCUCCCCUCCCUUUUCCUCUGGGGGGGCCGACAACCAGCCACCCCCCUGCAACAAGAGCCAGCUCCAGGAAACACUCAUCCACCUCCUCAAGACGGACGCAGCCUUCCUCAGCACCAUCCAUGACGCCUACCUGCAGAGUCUCUCCAAGGACCUGGCCAACGUCCAGCUAUAGCCACACUCCCUCCACGUUCCACCCUGGACCCUUGGACUGUGCGGGUCAUGGCAAGGUAACCAGAUACUGACCUCCCGACAGGACGGAGCGGAUGACAGGGACAGUGGAAGGGGGACUGGGGAACCCCUGGGACUUUGAGGACUCACACACACAUAUGCACUGGUGCUCCAGCGCAGAGACUGUCUGUAUUUUAUAUGUGUGUGUGGAGUAACCAAUGGAGUGCAAGAACAAAACAGGAAAAGGAUCUCGGACGUACAGCCCUGCUCCUGGACCCAGCCCGGCCCUGUCUGCAUACAGACUAGUGGGGGUGGGAGGAGGGGGGGGGGGGGAGAGGCUGUACCACUCACGGGUGCCACAGCAUGUUCAACACGGACUCAGUGGUGGGUAGAGGUCUUCACCACCAGAGGGCGAUGUGAUGAGGAGGUGGAGGACAGGUGGUCCCCACCAACGCAUCGUCUGUCUCCUGUUUUAGAUCUGUUCAGGCACCAGACCCAAAUACAAAUAUCUGACACUCCCCCCCCCCCCAUGAUUCCUUCAUUUUCACUAUUUCUCUCUCUCCCUCACCCCUCAUUAAACUAUCCAUCAGGGCAGCCUCUCUCUGACCAUGUGCUAGAACCAGGCCUCGAUCUAUCUAUCUAUCUACAUGGCCCAUUUACCUGGAUAUGGUCCCAGUGUCUGGACUAAAGGAGAUUCUUUUGCAGUAGAAUUGUACCCAUGUUCUUUUGCAGUAAAGGCUACUGCAGCACUGAACCUGAGCUGGCCGCACCAGGCAGCAUUAAACGACUCCCUCUUUAAAGGCACAGCCAUUCACUUCAGCAGGCUUUGAGUGUGCGAGAGUGUGCCAGGGUCAAUAUCGUCGGUGACAUAUUAUGGUGUUCUAGCAGUUUGUUUACAAAUAUUUGAAUGCUAAUGGAAAUGUUAACAGUAACAGCAGCUCGGAUUUUGCACUUCUGUACCUAUAGGAAGUGUUUUUGUCAAAGAGGUAGACCAGACCGGCGUAUUCUAGAAGGUGCCUUUUAAAACAAACGGACAAGAAAUCUUGUGUGUUUAACACUGCGAUCAACAUCCAAUUGAUUUGUUUUGUUGUCAAAUUGCUCAUGCAAGGAAGUGAACUGAACUUUGUUUUCAGAUUUUACCCUUUCAACCUUGAUAUGCAAUGCGCAGUACGUUCUGUCGGUGUCUCUGUCUGUCUAUCUAUCUGUGUGUGUGUGUGCGUGUGUGUGUGUGUGUGUGGGGGGGGGGGGGGG